AUGACUAAGAAAUUGACUCCACAAGAAAAGAAAAACCGAAAGCCGGCAGUGAGGGCGUGUGUAUUCUGCCAUCAAAAGCAUCUACAGUGCUCAAACGAACGUCCCUGCAAGAAUUGUGUGAAAAGAAACAUUGCCCAUGGAUGUAAAGAUAUAGUACGGAAACGAGUGAAAUAUCUCACUGGUGAAGGUGUGUCAGGAACAGUUUCGAGUAAACAAUCCACUCCCAGAAAAAAACUAAAAACCAGUCCCUUAUCCACAUCAAUGUCUCCCACAGAUUCCAUGAAGUCAGAUUUGGCAACUCCAGUGGAGUCUUCAAAUCACUUCCCAGCAUCAAUAUCUUCCUCGGUGGAUGUAAUGACCGCGACACAACCUAGUGCAAUGAAUACUCCGUCAGAUGCCCAACCAAUCAAUGAUAUACUUGAAGUCCCCCCAUUAUUCGAUAACUCACAUAUGAUUAACAGUGAUGUACCGGGGACCAACAUUACUUUGACGACACAGAACUUGAUCACACCUGACCCACUACUGUUUCAUACAAACACCGUUUCAAACACCACAACUGACGUUUUAAAUAAGCUUUUGAACGAUAACUACGAGACUGAAUCUCUAUUGAGUGUUAACAACAAUGGCGACCACUUGCUAGAGAUGGCACACACACUGUCUGGCCAUCUUUCCAACGGACAACAAUUUCAAUCUAACUAUUUGAACGAAGAAUAUAUGAUGUUGGGAGACAUUAUCUUGCAAUCGAAACAAGUCAGUCCAUCACCAUCAAACACAAGCACUUCCGAGAACAACACCAACACUUUGUCGCCUUCAAGCUUUGGAUACAUGCUGAACAUCAACUUUGAGGACUUUAAUCAACCGAAAAAGAAGGUUGUACAGAAACUAAAGGAUUCAAGACCGUUUAUAUCUUUAGGAUUUACUGAAGAGUUGGCACCACAUGAUAGUAGCAACAACGCCGACUACUAUGGCCAUAGAAUGACCAAUGAUAUAGUGGGGAAGACUGACGAAGGUCCAGGAAACCCAAUUAUCAACUACAACACGAAGUUUACAACUGACUACGUCCCACCAUCAAUUACAAACAAUUUGUACAAGACAGCAAGUGAUCUCUACAGCAAGGAGCUUAAGAAUUUUUAUUACCCUUUGAGCUACCAUGCCCUUACCAAGUUGCUUAAAGUGAUAUUUGGAGGGAAUAAUCUAUCGCCGGAGGAGAAACAAGAAAAACGAUCUAAACUAUUGAUUAUUUUAAAAUUGAUAGCUAGCUACCGUCCCACAUUUAUUGCGGCUCACCGUGACUUGAUCCAAGAGGAUCUUCUAAUGCUAGAAAUGACAUUGCAAAGGUCUCUUUUGGACUACAAGAAAUUAGCAGAGUUGAACUCAUCACCAACCAUCAUGUGGAGACGCACAGGAGAAAUCAUCAGUAUUACUGAAGACAUGGCACUCCUUUUGGAGCACCUGCUGUUUGACUUGCUAAAAGAAAGAAGAUUUAUUUUUGAAUUAAUGGACGACAACAGUAUUGUUGAUUAUUUCAAUCUUUUUGCCAAUAUUGCUGUGGGUAAUUUGAAGUCGGUCAUUCAAACAGCGAUUCAAAUGAAAACUAAAAGCAGUAAUCUAAUCAAGUUCACUUGUGUUUUUACCAUAAAGCGGGAUAUUUUUGACAUUCCCAUGAUUGUCAUAGGUCAAUUCUUGCCAAUUGUAUAA